AUGACGCAGACCAGGAGUCAUGCCGGCCACAGCCACGGUCAUGGCCAUCACCACCAUCAUCACGACAAUGUAUAUCUGACCUCCACGAACAAAAACGACGCCGGUGUGCGAAUUACUCGAAUUGGCCUGGUCGCUAAUCUUGCAAUGGCCAUUGGCAAAUUUAUCGGCGGCUACGUCUUUCAUUCCCAGGCCCUGAUCGCAGAUGCCUACCACGCCUUGACCGAUUUGGUUUCCGAUUUCUUGACACUAGGGACGGUCGCAUGGUCCCUCAAACCCCCAAGCGAACAAUUCCCCAACGGAUAUGGAAAAGUGGAGAGUAUUGGUGCUCUAGGCGUUAGUGGACUACUGCUGUUUGGUGGUGUAUUUAUGGGUCUCAAUGCAGGACAGGUCCUGCUGGCUCAAUGCUACCCCGAAUUGGCUGAAACGCUCGCCCAUAUUGGAAUAUUUGGACACGGACACGGACAUUCUCACAGUCAUGGAAUUGAUGUCACGGGUCCUAGUAUCCACGCAGCUUGGAUAGCUGGUGGAUCGAUCAUUGUCAAGGAAUGGCUUUACCGUGCUACCAUGAAAGUAGCCGAGGAGCGCAAAUCCUCCGUCCUCGCUUCCAACGCCAUUCAUCACCGAGUUGAUUCUCUCACAAGCAUUGUCGCCCUGUCCACAAUUGGUGGAAGUUACUUUUUUCAAGACGCCACGUGGCUGGAUCCUGUUGGCGGUCUAUUGAUUUCCCUCAUGGUCAUCAGGGCCGGAUGGGGUAACACAAUUAGCUCCUUAUUGGAGCUGGCCGAUACCACCGUGGAUGAUGAAAUCAAAUCAUCAGUCCAAGAUGCCGCUUCCAACGCCUUAAAAGAGAUUGAAGGUGGGGAGCAAGUGAUUGUUCGUGAUGUCCAAGGUAUGAAGUCUGGACAGAAUUAUCUCAUGGAUAUCGAAUUGGCCGUACCAGGAGCUUGGGCUGUUACUCAGUCGCGGGCCGUGGAGGAAGCUGUUCGCAAAACCAUUGGGUCUGGAGUCCGCGGAGUCAAACGAGUGAAGGUUCGUUUUGUUCCCGUGGAAGAGAAGGAACUUACUUUCUCCGAAGAGUUUGUCUCUCAGGAUUCUGGAGUAAUUCUCGAACCCCACGAGCAUGAUCAUGAACAUAGCGGAACCUCUUCUGAAGCCCAUGACCACGAUGGCCAAAAUCCGCGCAAGAGACGCUAG